UGAAAUCUUGUCUCAAAAUUUUGAAAAGCCAGGGAUGUAGCUCAGUACUUCUGGGUUCAAUGCCCAGUACUGCAAGAGAAGAUCAUUUAGGUUAUUAUAUCAUCCAGUUUAUCAUCUGAGGAAGUCAAUCAUGGGAAUAAUUUCAGUUGAAUAUAGCAGGUUUAUAGGAGGGAUUCAGAGGUGAGGAAACGGGAGUAUUGAAAAACUAGAAGCUUGAGUAAGAAGGGAAGGGUAUAGAGUUCAAGCUAGAGAGGUACAAAGUCAAAGAGUUUGCACUUUAAAAUUUUUUGAGACAGCAAUCUUGCUAAUUCUCCAGGAUGUCCUUGAAUUUGUGAGACUUCUGCCUCAGCUCCCUGAGUAGCUGUGAUUAUAGGCAUGUGCACCUGGCUUGUUUUAAACUUAGAACAGGAGCUGUGGAUGGAUGUAGCUCAGUAGGUAGAAUGCUUGCCGAGCAAGGGUGAGGCUUUGGCUUCAAUCCCCAGUCAGUGGAGGAAGAACAAAGAAAAACUCUUAAAUUUAAAAUGCCAGAGAGGUAAGGUUUGGGGGAAGAAAUGGCUGGGAAGCGGAAAGGUUGAGAAUAAGGGAGAGCAAUAAUUGAAGCAAAGCUCUUAAAUGGGAGAGAUGAUCCAGAACACAGGUCAAUAAGUAAUGGAUAGAAGCAGCGGCAAGUCAUUCUAAUAUGGCAGAAGGAGGUGAAAAUGGACAAAAAUAUUUGUAGGUAGAUGAAUUAAUAUGAGGUAGUAAAUGUCCUAAAGCCUUUUUCUCUAUGGAAUGGGAAGAAUGGCAUUUGAGAAUGAUGGAUCCUGAAUAGGAUUCGGUUUAAGGAGAAUGAAAGAAAUGUCCUUUGAAGGUCAUAGAGUGGGUUAAGAUUUGCUGAUUGGUGUUCAGGCCCUAUCUGAGAUGGAAUAUAUUUGUGAGAUACUAAGAUUUGUGAUUUCUUUUUGUCCUGGUAGUAUUCAGCGCUGGGAGUAGAAGCACAAAGUAAUGUUGAAUGUAUAGUAUGCGUUUUUAUAUAUGAAUUAAUGAAUAAAUGGAUGGAUUAUCCAGUUUUGUUCAAUGUGAACAGUAAAAGAACACGGGCAAGGGGGUUGAAGGAGAUACUGUUUAGAGUAGCUGAGUUGAUACAUCCUGGUGUCUUGGCUGUGUAGGACAAAAAGUGAAGUUACGAGAUGACCAAUAUACUUGGAGAAUAAUGAGGUUAAAGUAGGUAUAGGGACAGGAAUAAGAAAACAAAAAUUAUUUUAGAUGCCUAACUCUAGGCAUGAUUGGAAGUUGGUAAUUAAAAUUGAAAUGGGUCCAGGAAAAGUUGAGUAGAAAAAAAAAAAAAAGGUGAGUAGAGUUGAGGAUAAUGAUCUUACAAGGCUAAAUAUCCUUUACGUGAAAAAACACUGGAUGACAGGCAAUACAGGAUAGAGAACAAAAUGGGAGUUAUUUCAUGUCUUUGAUAUAAAUACCACUGGAUUUGCAAUUAAAAACACAAGUGAAGAAAAUAGGUUUCAAGUUAGGUCAAGCUCUAUAUUCCUUCCUAUAGAAUCUGCAACCAUGUACCAUCAGCUAGUAUAUAACAGACACAAAGAGGCAAAAUGAGGCCUGUCUAGUAUUUCCCUGGAGUAUGGGGUAGGCUGCUUAUCGGCACAACCAUGUGCACUUUAGGUAAACAUCUCAGGGAGAACAGGAAUAUUUAUAUAUAAAAGUUUCACUCACUAGCCAGUUGUAGUGCACGUCUGUAAUCCCAGCAACCUAGAGCCUCAAAAAAAAGUAAAGAUAAAAAGAGGGGUAUGGAUGUAGCAAGAUUUACUCAGAUCUUGUAACUGACUCCUAAAUCUCUAUGUGCCGGAUAGAUUCCAAGGAGUCCUUGUAGACAGCAGGUGGGAGGGUGAAAGAGCUCAACAGAUAGGUCAGCUGCCACCACAAAAAAGAGAUUUUUGGAGGCUAAGCCUCCAGUUUAAAUGAGCUACGAAAUAUGUAGGGCUUUUCAUUGAAACUCCUGCAGGGCCACAUCUUAGCAGAGAAGACAAUAAGCCAGGACUAAGGAUUUAACUUGCAUUAAGGGCAAAUCUGAAACCAACCUACCACAAUGUGUAAAUGAAGAUUGUAAGUUCACAUUGAUCGCCUAGUUAUUUAAUGGCAUGCUAGAACAAAGAGCAACACUUCCACUUCUGAGAAUAAAACCAUCUAGAGCAUAACAUAACAUCCACUGUAAAACAAAUUACUAGAUAUGUGAAGGCAUCUAGAAUUAAGAGAAAAAACAAUAAUAAACAGACUGAGAUAACUCGGAUAAGGGAAUUAACAAAGACUUUAAAGACACUAUUAGAAACUAGGCUUGUUUGCACACACCUAUAAUUCCAACACUCCAGGGGGCUGAGACUGGAAGAUUGCUAAAUUCCAGUCCAGCCUGAGCAAGUUGGUGACUUAGAGCCUGUUCAAAACUAAAAAACUGGACUAUGGAUGUAGCUCAGAGUGGCCCUGGGUUCGAUUACUCAUACUGAAAAAAUAUUAUCAGAAAAAAAUCUAACGGUCCUAACUGAAUGCAUCUAAAUGUUCCUGGGCUCCUGAACAUCUAGGAUGCUGGAGUGUCCUAGAGGUGAUUUCUAGGUUCUUUCUGUUCCAAACGAAAAAUUGAACAAAACAAGCAUAAACUGUGACAAAGUUUCGCAUUUGUUAAAGGUAGGAAAAUAAGUUUUGCAGAGUGAGUUUGGGCCAAGUAAAAGGAAGAAAAAGUAAAGAUACACCUACAGUGUAGGGUGGGCUACUAUGAAGGGACAUGACAGUGAAGGCUUAAUGAUGACUCCCUUUUUUUAAUAUUUCCCACACUGGUGUCAUUUCCAGGUCAUCCUACCAAAAACCUGCUUGAAUUCUCAUGAGAGGACCACAUGAAGGGUUCUGAAAAUUGUUCUAUGUGUGUCCCGGGAUCAUGUCAUGCCUUCUUUCCCAGCUAGUUUUAGCCACAUCCUGUCCCUCCUGUCUCAAAGACAGUUAUAAAUUAUGAAGCAAAAACAGAACAAAAGGGAUAAAUGGACAAAUCAAUAAUCAUAGCUGGAGAUUUAAAAUCUUCCCACUAAGUAGCUGACAGAAAAUAUAAACUGAAAAUUAGUGUGGAUGUAGAAGAUUGGACCACAUUACAAACCAUUUUGACACAAUUGACAUAUAAUAUAGCCAAGAACUACAGAGUCCCCAUUUUUACGUGAACCUGAAAUUUGUCAAGAUGGUCCAUAUGCUGGGCUGUAAAACAAGUUCAGUAAAUUUGAAAAGAUUGAAAUUUUACAGUAAAUUUGCUCUGACCACAACAGAUUAAAAUCAGAAGUUAGUAACAGUCCUUCUACUUCAGCCUCCCAGUGUUGGAAUUACAAGUGCAGCGAGGCCUGGCUUCUAAGUCUUUAAAAUCUUUGCUAAUUCCCUCAUAUGGGUUAUCUCAGUCUAUCUUUUUCUCUUAACUCUGGGCUCCUUCACAUGUUUAAGCUAUUUAGAAAAUUCUCAGUAUUUGAAAAACAAACAGCACACUUCUAAGUAACCUAUAGGUUGAAAAAGAAAUCAUAGGACUAUUAGAAACUAUUUCAAAUGGAAAGACAUUGACAACACAAUAUAUCAAGCUUAGGAGACACUAGAGGAUCUUGGCUGAAAAAAUAGAAAUUUAUAGAUUUAAAUGCUUAAACUGGAAUAGAAAAAAUACACCAUCAGUGAUCUAGGCGUCUAUUUUGAGAAGCUACUAAAAGAAGCAAAUUAAACCCAAAGCAAGGAGAAAAGAAUACUCGUUAGAGCAGAAAUCCAUGAAAUAGGAAGUAGAAUAACAGUGAGAAAAACUAUUAAAGUGAAUGUUGGUUCUCUGAAAAGAAAAAACUGGCAAGACUGACUUUUUUAAAAGGUAAAAAGUAUCGCGCCCCAGUGGCCUAAUGGAUAAGGCACUGGCCUCCUAAAAGGUAAAAAGAUAAUAAGGAGUGUGUUGAAAAACUUGUGCCAAUACAUUUAACCAUUUAGAGAAAAUUGAAAGAUAAACUUUUACUCAUUAAAUUUUAAGGUAUUUAUUUGAACAAAUAGUGAUUCAUGAAUUGGGCAGCUCCAAACCAGAAGUGAUUCAAGGUUCCGUCAGAGAGGGUUAAAGAGCUUUUCCGGUUCUUGGGUAUAGUGUUUUAUAAUGUAAGUUCUGUCAGCUUUUGUAGGGUGAAUCAGGAAGCAGGUCAAAGAGAUUAUUUGAUGGAUUAAAGUAUGAGCAGUUGCCUCAUCUGGACUGUCUAGGCAAGAACUUCAAGACAAUAUAACUAAUGUCAAAUUGAGCACUUGUGUUUGACUAAGCCUAAGGUUCAUUUGCUUACAAGGGCAUUAGAGUAAAUGUCCUGUAAUUUAAUUACAGUAUUUUAACAUUUGAAAAGCAUAACUUACCAAAACUGACUCAGAAUGGAACAUCAUACUAGCCUUAUAUCUAGUAAAGAAGUUGAAAUCAUUAUAAAGAAUCUCCUUGAACUUGAUGAUCCUCUUGAAUCUCCUUGAAUUUAGUGAUCCUCUUGCUUCAGCCUUCUGAGUAAUGAGAUUACAGGCACCAUGCCUGGCUUCAGAUCGUUUAGAGAUGAAUUCUAUUAAACAUUUUAGGGAGAAAUGAUAACAGUCUUACACAAACUCUUGGUUUGUGAUGCUAGCAUAGCCCUGACAUCAAAACCUGACAAAAGACAUUACAAGAAAAUUGCAAAUCAGUGCCUGUACGAACACAGACACAAAAAUAUAUAUGAAAAUACUAGCAGACUGAAUCUAGACAUACAUAAAAUGUUGGUACUUCAUGACCAAGUGGGAUUUAUUUCAGGAAUGCUAGAUUGAUUUUAACAUUCAAAAAUCAAAAACAAGGGUUGGAGAUGUAGCUUGGUGGUAAGAGUGCUUGCGUAGGAUGCAUGAGGUUCUACAUUCAGUCCCAGCACCAACAAUCAAGAAAAAAAACCAGUGAAAUUUGGUUAUAUUAAUGGAAUAUAUGAUCACUUCAAUAGAUACCAGAAAAUUUUGUAAAAUUUAAAAAUUUGAAAAACUCAACAAACCAGGUUAAUGAGAGAACUUCAUUAGUCUGAUAAAGGUCAUCUAAGAAAAACUUAAAACUAACCUCACAAUUACAGUGAAACUGAUCAUUUUUCCAUUGAGAUUAGUUAUAACAUGAAAGUGUCAACUCUAAUCACUUUUAUUUAGCUUUCUAUUGGAUGCCCUACAUGAAGCAAUAGGUAAAGAAAAUGAAGCAAAAAACAGAUUAGAAAGGAAGAUGUAUAACUAUAAUGAAAGCAAAUGAAAAUCAUAAAGAUUGGUAAGGAAUGUAUUUGCAAAUGACAUGAUUGUUUACCAGAAAAAUUUUAAGAAAUCUAUAGAAAAAUGGCUAGAAUAAGUGAUUUUAGCAAUAUUUCAUGAUGGAAGCUAAACAAACAAAAGUCACUUGCAUUUCUUUUUUUUUUUGAUACUGGGGAUCAAACUCGGGACCUUGUGCUUGCGAGGCAGGUGCUGGAAGUCACUUGGAUUUCUAAAUAGUAGCCACAAUCUGAAAAUGAAAUUUUAAAAAUAAUUCCAUUUAUAAUAGCAUCAUCAUAAAAUGGCCAACAAUAAAUUAAAUAUAAUAUGUAUAAGACUUGUACUCUUUGAUCCCAGAUCUCUAGGAGGCCAGGCAGGAGGAUGGAAAGUUACAGCCCAGCCUGGACAGGAAGAUGGAAAGUUCCUGCCAAAAGUGGGCAAUUUAGAGAUUUAGUAAGACUAUAUCCAAAUAAAGUUACAGAAAUAAGACUAUCAAAAUAAAAAGUUACAAAAGGGAUGAGGAUUUACGUUCAGGGUAAGGCCCUGGGUUCAAUCCCCAGUGCAAAAAAAGAAAGAAGAAAAUCUGUAUUUUUAAAACUGGAAACAUUGCUGAGAGAAAUAAACAACCUAAGUAAACAGAAAGGAAUACCAUGCUUAUGGAUAAGAAGAUGCAAUAUUGUGAAGAUGUCAGUUCUCUGGAAAUUCAUCUGUAGAUUCAAUGCAAUACUGAUAGAAAUCCCAACGGUUUUUUUUUUCUUUUCCAUUGACAAGUCGAUUCUUAACCGCACUGGAAAUAAUAAGAACCUAGAAUAGCCAAUACAAUCUUUACAAUAUGGAACAAAUUUGGAAUACUCAAUACUUUGAAAUUCUCAAUACUACAUUUUCUUGAAAUCUACAGGAACCAAGAGAAUGGUAUUGUUACAAAUAUUAGGCAAUAGAAUGGAAUAAAAUAAUCUGGAAUGGAACUACUCACAGUCAAUUGCUUUCUUGACAAAGGUCCCAAGGCUAUUCAGUGGAGGAAGAAAAAAUUUUCAAAAACUGGUGCUGGUACAAUUAGAAAUUUUGAAAAAAAAAAUGAACUGGGACCUCUAUGUCACACCAUUGCAAAAUUAGAGUCAUAGACCUAAAAGUGAAAGUUAAAAAUAUAUACUUAAAAUAUAGAAUACCUUCAUGACCUUGGGGUAGGUAAAGAUUUAUUUAAAAGGGCACAAAAAGAAAUAAACAGAAAAAACUUGACAAAUUGGGUCUCAGCAAUAUAAACUUUUGCUAAUUAAAAGACAUCUUUAAGAAAAUGAAAUGGUAAGUUGCAGACUGGCAAAAGAUAUUUCACAUAUGUGUAUUUGACCAUUUUGUAUCCAUAAUAAAUAAGUCUUGUAAAUUUAUAUAAAAAAACCCCUCCAACAUCAAGCAAAAGAUAGGAGCAGAUGGUUCACAAAAGAUGUGAUACGAACAGCCAAUAAGAACAUAGAAAUGUACCCAACAUCACUAUGUGGUACACUUACAAUUAAAACUACUGUACUGUUUCACACUGACCAAGAAGCAAGUUUAACAAUAAAGACUGACCAGUGUGCUGAUCUAGCAAAGCAGAAUGUACUAGAGUUUUCUUGUGAGGGUGGAAUUGCAAACUGAUAUGGCCAUUUUAGAAAACAGGUAGCAAUUUCCUAUGAAGUUAAAACACAUUCACCAUAUGGGUCCUCAUUUCGGAGUACAGUAGUAGUUAUAGCUGUAAUACAUCUUUCCAGAUUCAUCGAAUUGCACACUUAAGCUAUGCGCAUUUUACUGUACCCAAACUUUCUUAUAAAAAACAAAACGAUAAAAAUAAACUCAAUUCCCAAGAGGGCUCUUCAGGCCCACUGUCAUUACUCCCCCCUCCCCCCAAACGAAACUGAGCUGUGGUGAGCAUGCCCAGUCCAGGGCUCCUCUGCUGUGGCUAGUUGCAGUUUCGGUUUUCCCUUGGUUAUCUGAAGUUCCCUGGUAGCUCCGCCUCUCAGCCCGAAAGGUUUUUUCUGAAAACCUCUAGCCUCCGCGCUGACUCAAGCCGCAGUCCUCAGGUCGGGCGCAGCCAGACGAACAUGACGGCGGAGCAGCGGCACAACCUGCGAGCCUACAGCGACUAUGUCAGGAAGAGUCUGGAUCCUACCCAUAUCCUUAGCUACAUGACCGCCUGGCUUAGAGAGGAUGAAGUGCAAUAUAUCCAGGCUGAGAAAAACAACAAAGGUCCGAUGGAGGCUGCCUCACUUUUUCUUAAGCUCUUGUUGGAACUCCAGGUGGAAGGCUGGUUCCGUGGCUUUUUGGAUGCCCUAAACCAUGCAGGUUACUCUGGACUUUACGAAGCCAUUGAAAGGUGGGAUUUUCAAAACCUUGAAAAGUUAGAGGACCAUAGAUCACUUUUGAGACGUUUAGAACCAGAAUUUAAAGCCAGAAUUAUUCCAACAGAAAUCCUCCCAGAAAUAGCUGAAUGUUUAAUUACUCAGGAUUGUGAAGAAAUACGGCAAGUUUGCAUCAGUAGGGGGCCUAUGGCAGGUGCAGAGAAAAUGGCUGAAUGUCUUCUCAGAUCAGACAAGGAGAACUGGCCCAAGAUUUUGAAACUUGCUUUGGAGAAAGAUGGAAACAUCUUCAAUGAACUGUGGAUUAUAGAAGAAGGUAUGAAAGAUUUUGAAAUUAAAGAUCUUGAGGAUGACAAAAUAGAACAUUCUGACAUACAGAUUUUCUACCAGGAAGAUCCAGGAGACCAAAAUCUUAGUCAGAAUCCCUGUUCACCUUCAGAAGUGUCUCAUACUAACUUAUACAGCCCAUUGAAGCCAAGAAGUUACCAGUUAGAGCUUGCUUUGCCUGCGAAGGAAGGGAAAAAUACAAUAAUAUAUGCUCCUACUGGUUGUGGAAAAACCUUUGUUUCACUUCUUAUAUGUGAACAUCAUCUUCAAAAGUUUUCACAAGGACGAAAAGGGAAAGUUGUCUUUUUUGCUAACCAGGUCCCUGUGUAUGAACAGCAGAAGACUGUGUUCUCAAGAUAUUUUGAAAGACUUGGCUACAGAGUUACAGGCAUUUCUGGAGCAACAGCCGAGAAUGUCCCAGUGGCACAGACUAUUGAGAGCAAUGACAUCAUCAUUUUAACACCACAGAUUCUUCUGAAUAAUCUUAAAAAUGGAACCGUUCCAUCACUGUCUAUCUUCACCUUGAUGAUAUUUGAUGAAUGCCACAACACAAGUAAACACCACCCAUACAAUAUGAUCAUGUUCAAUUAUCUAGAACAGAAACUUGGAGGAUCUUCAGAUCCAUUGCCUCAGGUCAUUGGGCUGACUGCGUCAGUUGGUGUUGGAGAUGCUAAAAACACAGAGGAAGCCAUAGCCUACAUUUGCAAACUGUGUGCUUCUCUUGAUGCAUCAGUGAUAGCAACAGUUAAAGAAAACUUGGAGGAACUGGAGCAAGUUGUUUAUAAGCCCCAGAAAAUUUCCAGGAAAGUGAAACCACGGACUACCAACAGAUUUAAAUUGAUUAUAUCUCAGCUGAUGAAGGAGACGGAGCAUAUGGCAAAGAUUAUCUCUGAAGAACUUGGUUACUUAUUUGAAAUUCAAGACAGAGUAUUUGGAACACAGAAAUAUGAACAGUGGAUUGUUGAAGUUCAUAAAGCAUGCAGGGUGUUUCAGUUGCCAGACAAAGAAGAAGAGAGCAGGAUUUGUAAGGCAAUGUAUUUGUACACUUCACAUUUGCGGAAAUAUAAUGAUACCCUUAUUAUCAGUGAGGAUGCACAAAUGAAAGCCGGUUUGGAUUACUUGAAGGAUUUCUUUAACAAUGUGCGAGCAGCGGCAUUUGAUGAGAUUGAACAAGAUCUUACUCGGAGGUUUGAAGAAAAGUUGCCAGAACUAGAAAAUGUUUCCAUGGAUCCCAGCAAUGAGAACCCUAAACUCAAAGACCUCCACUUAAUCUUACAAGAGGAGUACCACGUAAACCCAAAGACAAGAACCAUUCUUUUUGUGAAAACCAGAGCGCUUGUGGAUGCUUUAAAAAAAUGGAUUGAAGAAAAUUCUGCACUUAACUUUCUAAAACCUGGCAUAUUAACUGGACGUGGCAGAACAAGUAAUAAAACAGGAAUGACCCUCCCAGCACAGAAGUGUGUAUUGGAUUCAUUCAGAGCCAAUGGAGAUAAUAUUCUGAUUGCCACCUCGGUUGCUGAUGAAGGCAUUGACAUUGCUCAGUGCAAUCUAGUUAUCUUGUAUGAGUAUGUGGGCAAUGUCAUCAAAAUGAUCCAAAGCAGAGGCAGAGGAAGAGCAAAAGGUAGCAAGUGCUAUCUCCUGAGUAGUAAUGCUGAUGUAAUUGAAAAAGAAAAUACAAACUUAUACAAGGAAAAAAUGAUGAAUGACUCCAUUUCAAUUCUUCAGACAUGGGAUGAAGCAACAUUUCAAAAGAGAAUUCACCAUAUACAGGGUCAAGAAAAAUUUAUCAGAGAUAGUCAACCAAAACCCAAACCCGUCCCUGAUAAGGGGAAUAAAAGACUGCUCUGUGGAAAGUGCAAAGUCUUGGCAUGUUAUACAGAUGACAUUCGAGUGAUAGAGGAAUCCCAUCACACUGUGAUUGGAGAUGCUUUUAAGGAGUGCUUUGUGAGUAAACCACACCCCAAACCACGGAGCUAUGGAAAUUUUGAAAAGAAAGAAAAGAUAUUCUGUGCCAGCCAGAACUGUGGCCAUGACUGGGGAAUACAUGGGAAAUAUAAGACGUUUGAGAUUCCAGUCAUAAAGAUUGAAAGUUUUGUGGUGGAGGAUAUUGUAACUGGACUUCAGAAACAGUACACAAAGUGGAAGGACUUUCCUUAUAAGAAGAUAGAAUUUCAUGCUACAGAAAUGUCUAAAUGACCUCAUGGCCCCAGUCUUUAGCUACAGGGACUGGUAACUUUGAAGAAGAAAUUAAUCCAGUGGGUACAACCAUGGAUCACUUGUAAGCUUUGUGAAAAUAUUUUACGUAAGGCUUAUACUGUAUUGAAUAUUUAUGUUAACUUCACUUGUUUUAAAUAAUCUGUAUCGUAUCACAUAUACAAAGCACAUGUGAGUGAAUUGGAGCAUUGAAUAUUUUGUGGGCCAAGAAAACUCACAGAACUUGGAGAAAAAUUUGAAAUUGUUUCUGCCCUCCUAUCCAAUUGCCAGUGAACACAUAAUAGCCACUCAGCACAUGUUAGGAUGAAUGAAUCAAAAGUUGAAAGGUUUUUUCAUACCCCUUUGUUUCCUAAAGCUACUCUACAGUAGCUUAUGCCCUUAACAAUCUACUGAAAUUGUUCUUUUCUAGGCUACCAGUGACUGGUUGUCAAAUCUAUUGGGUACUUCUUGGCUCUUCUAUUUGGUCUCUUUGCUACUUAGGGCCGUUACAUUCCUUUCUUGAAACUCUACCUUGGGUUCUUCUCUUCUAAUUCUUUCCCUUCUUAUUGCUUCCUCUUUACACUUAUGCUAAGUGUAGAUAAUUCCAAGGGCUCAGUAUAUCUACAUAAGUAUGUAUAAGUUAUAUAUACACUCAUGUUUUCUUCAUAGCAGUGUGUAGCAUGAUAAUCAUAAAACUAUAGUAGACAGCUUUUAUUAGUGAGGGCACAUCACUUCCUGAAGUUUUGUUCUUUUAGUUUACUAUCUAUUUUUCUCUAUUAGUUUGUUCUCUUAACCUGCCAUUUUCAUAGCCAUCUCUAGUCAUUUUCCAGUAACGGUUGAUGUUUAAUACUUGGACUGUGUGUUCUCAGUUAAGUCCCUUGGAUGGUACUGAUCAGGUAGUUUAAUUUGGCUGUCCUUUCUACUUAAAAUUUUUGCUGAUGCUUCAGAGCUUAGUUUGGAGUUUUCCCAUCAUUGCGAUAGUGUCUUGAGUCUUGUUAUUUUCACCAGACCAACACAGUUCAUGUUCAGUUUAGAGUAGAAUCUCUAGUAACUUGUAAGCUUUAUAGCAAUUUAAGCAUCUUCCUAGAACAGAUUCAGAUUAGUUGUUUAUAAUGCAUUAGGACCAUCAGUGGCCUAACAAAAAAGCUCUAGAGAUCAUAAAAUGUUGAUCUUAUGUUCAACAAAUACAACCUUUUUCAAGUAACACCUAUUUACAUCUAGGCUAUUUGGAGAUCACCUAUACCUGGCCAGUCAACCCUGGAGAUCAAUGGGAUGAUUUGGUAGAGUCACCUCAUUUUCUGUUUGAUCUGAAGAGCAAUAGUGCUGGCAAGUAGCCAGAGAAAAUUGCUAGUUAUCUAACUUCUCUUUGAUUUUUCUUCAUCUGCAAAAUGAGGGCUUUUAAAAAUUCAAAGAAUGUUAAAAAUACAUGAUAUACAGUAGUUGCUUGAUAAUGGUUAGUAAUAGUGGUAUUCUUAAAAUGCAAUAAAAUGGAUUAUUUAAAUCAA